CCUGUAAAUGGUUUCCUUAACUGUUGGGCAAUAAAGGCUAUUUAUUUAUUUAAUUAUCAAGGAAGAUUAACGGUAUUGAUAAAAAUAUUGUCAAUUUACGGGAAGACCAGAAAGAUAUGAGUGCGAAAAUAGAUGAGUUGGAACAGAUUUCUAAACUAAAUCAACUUAGAGUUUAUGGCAUUCCUGAAUGUAGUUCUGGUUUAUUGGAACUUUUCAGUUGUCUCUUCCUAUUCAAGUUUAAUUUCUGAGGAGAUUUGGAUUUCAUUGAAAUUGCAUCUAGUAAGCUAUGCUGUUGGAUGUAUUUGCAGACCACCUAAAACUAAAAUCGUCGACUUCGAGGAGACACUAACACAAUUCAUAUAUAUGUGAAGACAAUUUGUGGUGGUGACUUCAAUGUUGAUGUUCUUGACCCUUCAAAUCGUUAUUGUACUAUGCUUUAUGAUUGUAAUGAAGGUUUUGAUCUGGUACAGCCACCUUUCCCUAAAGCACGGUGGGAUGGAGUCUUGGAUGUGAGAAAGCAAGCAGCAGAAUGUGUGCAGAAAUCAGAUAGCAUGGUACCUAAGAGCGAGGACUGUUUGUUUAUAAAAAUAUUCACUUCGAGUCUUCCCAAGAAGAGUAAAAAUCUACCAGUGAUGGUAUGGAUAUACGGUGGAGCAUUUUUCGCUGGGGCAUCUGAUUUCAACUUACACGCUCCCGACUACCUUUUGGACGAAGACGUAAUCAUUGCAUCGUUCCAUUACAGGACCGGAAUAUUUGGAUUUCUGUCCACAGGAGACCAGGUUGCACCAGGGAAUGCGGGUCUUAAGGAUCAGCUCCUGGCAUUGAAAUGGAUAAAAGAUAACAUAAACAAUUUCGGAGGCGAUCCAGAAAGAAUAACAAUCUUUGGUCAAAGCGCUGGAGCUGCAUCCGUUGGGUAUCUCUUGCAGAACGAGCAAGCUAAAGGUCUGUUCAGCAGGGCCAUACUGCAGUCAGGAUCUCCACUAUGUCAAUGGGCCCUGAGUAGGGUUGCGAAACAGACAACGACAGAUGUAGCGAAAAAGUUGAAGGUUGGUAGGGAUAGUUCUGCCAGAAUGGUGAAAGAAAUGAAGACCCUGCCGGCAAACGAAUUGCAGGAGAAAUGGUCUUCUGAGCUGAUUUGGAAAAUAGUGACAAAACUACCACUAAGAGGUUUGCCAUUGGGUCCAGUCAUAGAGCCAAAACACUCUGGAGCUGUGAUAACGGAUAACAGCUAUGACCUGUUGAAGAAAGGAAAGUUUCACCAUGUGCCUAUAUUAAUGGGCCAUACCACUUUGGAGAUAUCUGCAGAUGCCGAACAAAUUCCAGGGGUACUUAAACUGAUUCUCUUGAUCUUUGACCUGCAACCAUCAAAAUUGGUACCAGUGAGUCUGAACAUGAAACAACUGAUAAAGAGUAGCUUACUUGGACGAAAAAUUAAGGAUCAUUACUUCAACUCCAAAUCUACAGUAAAAAAUUUAACCGAAGCCAUGGAAUAUGCAAGUGUUGACCAGUUCGUCAGGCCUAUCAGAGAAACCGCAAGAUUGUACUCGAAAUAUACUCCUGUAUACCUUUACACUUUCGCACAUGAGGGACCUCUUUGGGGAGUCUACAAUAGAACUAGUCCAGGAGUGGCGCACACCGAAGAUUUGGGCUACUUAUUUGACUUCAAACACGAUGGUUCAAGCGUAGACUACCAAGUGAGGCACAGAAUGACCAGGAUGUGGGCAAACUUUGCAAAAACCGGAAAUCCAACCCCUGAAGAAGACGAACUUUUGGGAACAAAAUGGAUACCAAACACCAGUGGAGACAGUGAAUUGAAAACUUUAGUUAUAGACAAAGCCCUGCAUAUGGAAACAAAAAUCGAGGCGGAUGAAUUAAGCUUCUGGGAUGAUAUAUUUAAAACCUAUGGCACGAAACCGUACAGUACUUACUAGAAUGCUUGAGGUCUGUGUUGAAUAAAUUUAUUCGAAUGAGA